AACCGGGAAUGAAGGCGCAAGAAUGCCCUGUGAGACGGUGUGGAGGCCCCGCCACAUUUACGCACACACGAAGAAGUGAUUUACUGUGAGGACAUUGAAGAAGAUUCGGAUCUUGGAGUCAAGAGUGGUUGAGAAAGAAAGGUUUGCCUCAGAAGUUGUCUUCACUAACCAGCAGAGAUGAGCUUGAACUUUUCAGCAAGUUGGAUAGUCCGAGGCUGGAUAACGUGCGUCCUCGUCAUCUUUUACGCACAGAAUGUGGUCUCCAAAGCUCUCCAGUGUGAUGAAACACAUUAUUUAAGCGGCUCCAGAUGUUGCAAGAAGUGUCAACCAGGCUUCAGAGUGUUUUCCGACUGCAAUGGUUCCCCUGAGCCUAAAUGUGUUAGAUGUCCUCAUGGUGAAUACCAGCCCGGCUGGACUGAAAUGAAGACCUGUCUUCAGCAGAAGGUCUGUGACCAAGGUAAGGGUUUUAGGGAGAGAUCUGAAAACCCUGUGGCAGAGGAGCCAUGUCGCUGCCAUGCCGGUCUCCAGUGCUCCCCCAUCAACUGUGAGUUCUGCGAGACGAUACCAAACUGUAGACCUGGAUUCGGACUCGAGGAGGAUCCUGAGUCUACUAAUGGACGGAAGACAUGUGUUGCAUGUAAGAAAGGCUUCUUCUCUGCUGACAACGAUGCUGAACAAUGCAAACAAUGGACUAAUUGUAAGGCUGAGGGCAGGAGUGAAACAAAGCCUGGCAGCGCUCAGGCAGAUGCAGAGUGUGGACCACUACUUGUCCCUGGUAAGACAGGUGCAGCACCCUCCUGGGUUAUAGUUUCAGUGCUGUCAGUCAUCACUGUUCUCUGUCUCCUCAUCCUGCUCCUCUUCUGCUACAAGGACAAACUGAAAUUACUUUCAGUGAAUCUACGAUCCUGUGUCCAGAAUCUGAAGAGGAGUAGAAUACAACAGGAGACUUUGGCCCCUCUUUACCAAAGUGGAGCAGGAGGAGGAAUUGGAGCAGGCCCUGGAGGCCCCAAAUGUACACCAUGUGAGACCACCAAACUCAUCUGCCCCACUGAUGAGCUCCCAUGCAGCUUCCCCACCUCUGAUGUCAAGGUCUCACUGCCCUUCACAGGGGAAAUGACAGGGGAAGAAGGAACCAAAGGCACAAAGGGGGAAGGGACAAAAGGGAAGACAGUGACACAGGAUAAGAGUGAAGGCUCUGGAGAACCUGAGGAGGUGUCAGAAGAGGAGGAGAUUUAUACUGCGUCUCCUCUAAUGGCAGGUUCUUGUGUGUGUGUUAUUCCCGUCCGUGAGCCAUUGGAAGUAGGGGAGAAUGAGGACUGUAGCCAGGCUGUCAGCUCUGGGACUGCAGGAACCUGCUCAUGUGGGGGGCUGGAUGGAGAAAAGGACGGAGAUGAGAAUGGGAAAAGCGGGAGUGUAAGGGCAGAAAAUGUUGAUGGAAAUCAAGAAAAGAUGGUUUUGUCCAAGAGUGACGCAGGGGUCACAUCACUUGUUUCCAUUUCUCCUCCACUCCUCCACACCACCUCUGUAAUCCCUCCACCCAGUCCGCUUCCUGAACUCUGCCUGCCAUUGUCUCAAGCUCAGGUGAGACCAGGGUUCAAAUCUCACCUGACUGACAGGUCGCUGGUGAAACAGGAGGAACUAUACAGACUGGCAAGCACAGACUCCACCUCAACAGAGAACAGCACAACCUCCAUGAUGACCUCUGUCAGCCCCCUGAAGACUUCCUCAUCCGUUGGAGAUCUCUACCUGGACAAACCAUCUGAGGCCUCAUGCCAGGAGCAAGGCCAAGGACUUUCCUGGGGGGAAAGCCUGGGGGGAAGCAAGCUCUCGUCUGUGGAGCCAGAACUGGACUGCUCACCUGAGAGUCUCCAUAGUCAGCUGGCUGAACCAACUCUUACCUCAGGUCAGGUUUCUGGGAACAACAACACCACCUUCAUCUCCAGCGGUCAGGUGAUGAACUUCAGCGGGGAUGUCAUUGUCGUCUACGUCAGCCAGACGUCUCUCGGCAGUGACGGGGCGGGGCAGGACGAUGCCUUUGGGAGCCCUGUACAGGAAGAGGCCAAUGAGAGGGCCCCUUUUUUCCAGAGCAGCCUGAGGUUACAAGGGGACUCCGUUUCCCAAAGCACCUUGCAAGAAGAGACACUGCCAGUUCAGGAAGCAAUGGAGGAGAGGCCACUGGUAAAGUGAAAAGUGAUCAAUGGCAGAAGAAGACUUCGUUGAUCCCUCAAGGGAAUUGAAAUGUUUUUACCCUGGUUUUCUUUAUAUACAUUACACACAGAGGAAAUACACAUAAAAUACACACACAAAAAAGACUCAUACACAUGCGGUAGUGGAAUCAGUGCGAGAGGUUGGACGUUCACUUGAGGGCACCUGGGCAGGAGGCAAACUGGGACCUCUCCUAGUACCACUGUACUCUACAUACCAUACAAAGACCCUCCAGUUGCCCAUCCAAGCACCAUGGACCUAGCUACUCCUGCCCCUACGGUACAGUACAGUAAUAAACAGUUAGAUAUUACAAAUAUGACCACUGAUCAUGUCUGUUGGUUACGUCACCUUAUAUAUCUUAGUUCCCAAUUACAGUAAAAAAUAUACCUGAAUAAAAAACGUUGUCUACCAAAGCAGCCUUCUGUACAAUAACAAGAAAAGGAAAGCUUUCAAUUAAAAUAAAACUGAGCAGAUGGCAACUUUCAGGGAUGUGAUGCUAUUCAUAUCGCGUGAUGCUACAUCAUUUGUAGGGAUUAUAAUCUUCUAUAACCUGUUCAUGUCACACAUUAGUCAAUGAAUCCUGCCUUACACAUCUCCAAAGUGCCUUUUUCAUUUUCCAUUGGAAGGCUGCAUGCUUUUUUAAAUGGAAACUCCCUCCAUUCCAGUCAGUGAUGGGGAAUUUUGUUGGGAAUUGGAUGUAGAACUAGUACUGACGUUCUUCCAGUCUCAACUAGAGUUCAGACUGAGAGAACGUCAUGCUUUUAUUGUUGUAUGGAAACUGCAGCUGGGUCUUAGGAAGGAGGAAGUUAAUACAUUCUUCAGUUCCCAUCUUCCAUCAUUGACUAUCCCAGGUUAAAUAUUUCACACUCAAACUUUUUAGCUGUUCUAAAUUUGACAUUUGGAUGAUUUUAAGAGUUUCCUUGCAUAAGAAAAUAUCCACCAUGUGGAAAUAAUUGCCUUUGCUCUCACAAAAUCAUGCCAUGAAAGUAAAUAUUUUUAUGGUAGAAAAUUCAAUCUGCAGGCUACUUUAAGAUCUGGGUUUUUACUAAGCGAAUGUUCCUUUUUAGGGGUUGCAGGGUUAAACAAAAGCUAAUUUACAAAAAAGUGACACAUCCAGUUUUGGUACGAUUGUUUGUCCCAAAUGUAGACUUUUUUAUUCUUUUCUUAUUGCACCGAAAGUGCAGUGUGUGUCUAAGAAAAAAUGCUAUGCAUUUGAUAAGCUAUUUUAUUACUGGUUUGUUUUGUUUCAUUAUGUUUUAAUGCAAAGCCUUAAUGAAGUAAAGUAAAAUGUCAGCCUGUUUAUAUUUUAAUUAAUUUUACAAAGUAGAUUGUUUAUGUAUUAUAUCAGAAGAUACAUAUGUGAUCAAUGUUUGUAUAUAUUUCAAAAGAAGCAUGAUGUAUUUGUGAAACAAGAAUGAACAUCCUCUUUGUGCUUCCUCUCAUUUGAUUUGAGGUGUAGAUGUGUUGAGUGGAGCCAUUAACAGCAGGCAAAACGCACACUGUAGGAAUUAUAAGGGGACUGUUCAGUUACAACUUCACCAUAUGUAUGCAGCCUCACAAUAAUUAUGUACAUAUUGAUCAA